UCUUGCUUCAUCGCAAAGGUUGCGAUCGAAAAAGUCGAAAUACAUUAAUCAAUGUUUCGUCAUCGAUCACGUCAUGUUGACGUGUAUCUACGUCACUAUGACGUAUCGAGCACGCUUAUAUUAGCGGCUGAGUAGAUUCGAUCAGUUUCAACCGGAGGUCGAGUGAGGCUUGACCAUGUUUCAUCAGGACGUUUCUUGUGACAGUUUACCUUUGUUAAUAACCAACAAUUUAGCAUAUUUUCGAGAAGAUCCGACAUCUUUAUCCCCGAGAUACGUUGAUGCUUUAAAUCUGAUGUUGGAACAUUAUCAAUGGAUUUCCGUUCACGUUGACAGUUUGUGUCAAGUAGUAAUGAAUUUCGAUUUCGACGAGAAAACUCCAGGCAAUGGCUAUAGAAGUUAUUUAUAUAUUCUAAACAGCCAUUUAAAUUCUUGUUGGAAAUUAUGCAAGACUCUCGUAAUGCAUAGAGAGUCGAUAUUCUUUCGAUCCGAACAUUAUUUAAAAGAAUUAGAAGCUCAUACGGGUGUGUUCGGAGGAUUGAGAGUUACUCUUGCUUAUCUUUUUAAGAUGCUGGUUAGGAGCAAAAAAGGCGAAUUGUUUACCUGCGAUGGACAUUUGACAGCUACUGAAUUAUUGCAGGAAUAUUGUAAUAUUGAUCAGACAGGCUUUUAUGGCAGGUGUCAUGGUUUCUAUUAUUGUGAAUCAAUGAGGAAAACACUCAGAGGUGUUAAUGUGAUUCUAGCAUCUUUUAGUGAUCUCUAUCAAUUACCUGGAGGAGCUGUAUCACAUGCAGUAGCAUCAGUUGUUAAUGGAGGAAAAUAUAUUGUGAAUCCUGAAUUACGUGCUCAACAAAUUGUAUAUGUUGCCCAAAAUGCCUCCGUUGAAUUUCUAAAAGCAUUCUGGAGUUUAAAUGAGACUCAGAUGAUGAAGAAUGUUCCGAAUUUACUUUGUCCAACACCUACAGUUAGAGAAGAAAUAUAUGUACCCGCAGAAGCCAUAAAUGUACCUUCAGUGGAUGGAAAUGAAUUAAUAGAAAUACCAGUUCCUACAUCACAUUUGCCAACUGCUGCCAUUCGUUGUCGUCUUUUAUCUUAUGUUCGUCGUGAAGGACAAAAUUCAAGUACUGCUGGAUGCCGUACGAAAGUUGCACCAUUAUCUCCAGCAAUUUUAUUGCAUUGUCAUGGUGGUGGAUUUAUUGCACAAACACCAGAAUCUCACGAAGUAAAUUUAUCAGAGAUUGGGCUUAAAGAACUGAACAUUCCUGUUUUAUCAAUUGAUUAUUCCUUAGCACCAGCAGCACCUUUUCCAAGAGCUUUAGAAGAAAUUCUUCUUGUCUAUGCUUGGGUUCUAGAAAAUGGUCAUAAACUUGGUUUUAAUGGAGAGAAAAUAUGUUUGGUUGGUGAUAGUGCUGGAGGAAAUCUAAUGACAGCAUUGACAUUAAAAACUAUUGAAUUAGGAAUUCGAAAACCAGAUGCCUUGUUUUGUGCUUAUACUCCAAUGAUUUUGGAUAUGGUGCCAUCUCCAUCUCGUAUGUUAUCAGCAAUGGAUCCCCUUCUUCCUUUAGGAUUUAUGCUAAGCUGUCUCAAUGCAUAUGUUGGAAUGGAUAAAAUUCAAGAUGAUGAAUAUUGUGAUAAAGAAUCAUCUGCACAACCUGAAAAUGCAAGAAGAAUUUCAGCAAUUUUAGAUUCAGGAAUUCAAAUGUUGAAAGAAUUAGAAAAGAUGGAUAUAGAAGGUCAAUCAAAUUCAUCACCAACUGACUCAAUAUCAAGUAAAAGUGAAGUAGAUUGCCCUAACAUUAGUCUUUCAGAAAAUAGAUCAGAGAAUGUGUCUGAAAUUGAUCAAAUGACAACUGAAGAUUAUGUAACUGAAUUUAUGAACAAAUAUAUGGUAAUGCCAGAACCUAUUAAUCUUGAUGACAAAACAGAUGGUGAUGAACACCUUUUAUAUGAUUUUCCUACUGACAUUUCAUAUAGUGUGCAUCGAAGAUACUGUCGAAUGAUGAGACAGUAUUGGGAUAGGCUAAGUAAUUUCAUUGCAGAUAGUAAUCUCUAUAAAAAUCAUUUUUCUAGUAAAGAUGUGUUGAAGUUAAAUGAAGCUGUUAAAGGCUCAAUGGCAAUGCCUUGGUAUCGUGUACAGAAACAUACACUUGCAAAAAAGUUUGAAAAAAUUAAAGUUAUUAUGAAUAAUCCAUUUAUUUCCCCAUUUUCUGCUUCAGAUGAAAUGUUAAGUAAGAUGCCACCUGUAUAUCUUAUGUCUACAAACUUUGAUCCAUGCUUGGAUGAUACGAUUAUGUUUGGAAGAAGAUUAAAAUCAUUGGGGAAAACAGUUCAUGUAGAUAUCGUGGAUAAACUUCCACAUGGAUUUUUGAAUUUUUUGCCAUUUUGUAAAGAAGCACACGAUGGUUCUCGACUUUGUGUACAGAGAAUUCGAGAAGCCUUACAACUCGAAUCCUGAAAGGCAUUACAUUUUAGGGAAACAAAUCAAUAUUUAUAAGUUAAAAGUAUGAUAAAUUCCAUUGUUUAAUUUUUUUUCUUACUCAUCUAUUAAUAAAAUAAAUUUUUACUUA